AGCCCAGAAGUUGAGAUGAAACAUUUCCUUCCUGAUCCCUCUCUUCUCUUUUUGACAGGCCCUGAAGAGGAGAGUGAGGAUGAUCCCCAGCUUGAAGGCAGAGAUCCUGAUACUUGGCAUGUUGGUUUUAAGAUCUCGUGGGACAUAGAGACGCCUGGUCUGGCAAUACCCCUUCACCAAGGAGACUGCUAUUUUAUGCUUGAUGAUCUCAAUGCCACCCACCAACACUGCGUUUUGGCUGGUUUACCACCUCGAUUUAGUUCCACCCACCGAGUGGCAGAGUGCUCCACCGGAACCUUGGAUUAUAUCUUACAGCGCUGCCAGGUGGCUCUGCAGAAUGUCCGUGACGGGGCAGACGGUGGUGAUGUUUCUUUGAAAUCCUUUGAGCCCGCGGUUCUGAAACAAGGAGAGGAAAUCCACAAUGAGGUUGAGUUCGAGUGGCUGAGACAGUUUUGGUUUCAAGGCAACCGAUACAGAAAAUGCAGUGAUUGGUGGUGUCAGCCCAUGGCCCAACUGGAAGAACUGUGGAAGAAGAUGGAAGGUGUGGUAAGUACCUGAGGUCCGGGGCCGCAUUUUCUGGGACGCCGGGCUGUGUGACCCCUCUGCUGCCUCAUUUGCAUAGGCAAAUACAUAAUUCAUUAUCCCAAAUUAUUGAGUUAGGUAACUGUUCGCCAGGAACAGCCAGGAUUUUGCCAGGACAAGCUCCCUUGAGUUCAGUGGGCGUUUUCUUGAGUAUUUCCCACAUAUACGGCACCAUGCCGGACGCACGGUAGGAAGUGACGAGGAGGGAACCACGAUGGAACGGUAAGAUUUAAAAUGCCUUUGCAUUUUUAGAUGCACCGGGCACUGUUCUAAGGGCUUUCCCUGUAUUAACUUCUAAAGUUCGUACAGCAGCCCUACGAGGUGUAGAAACCCUUAUGAGCCUUAAUUUAUAGAUGUGAAAACUGAGACAUUGAGAAAUUAGGUGCCUCGCCCAAGGUCACAGAGUAAGCAGCAGAGCAAGAUGGAGACCCUGGCAGAGUCUGGCUCUGUAGCUUAACUGCUGCAUUCAGUUUAACAAGGAGAGAGACAUGAAUAUAGCCAGGUGUUACAUUAGCUAAAAUGAAAGCCUGUAAUAGAGACUAAAAAAAAAAAAAAAAAAAUCACAGGCCAGAGGAGGGAGUAUUAAAUUCAGGCCACUGGACCAGGACUGUUGUGAAACAGCAGAUGUUGCCUUUGGGGACUUUGGAUGGGGAGGCGUAGGGUCAGAUGGGGCAUUGGGAGAGGAGCAUUAGGCUCUAGGAACUCUACAAACGAGACUGGAAAUGGGGCAGUCCAGCGCGGCCAGAGCAAGGGAUGGCG